AUGAAGAGGAAGCUGGUGAAGGGGCAGGGCUGGGGGUAUAAAGGCCACACCUGCUGCUGCAUCCACAGACAGACACAGCCUUCUCACUCCUGCUUCUACAUAGUGUUUCUCUGUAUUACUGGUGGAUUUCUGGUUGGAACCAUGUGUUGUGGUGGUUUUGCCAAGUGCCUGGGCAUCAGCCUCAUCCCACUGGCCAUCGUCUGCAUCCUGUGCAAUAUUUUACUGUUUUUUCCUGGAGGAAAGACUCAAGAGACGGACCACAUCACAGUCGAGGUCUUCUACCUGGGAGGCAUCGUCGGCUCCGGAGUUCUGAUGAUCUUUCCCGCUCUCGUCUUCCUCGGAUUGAAGAACAAUGACUGCUGUGGUUGCUGCGGAAACGAAAGCUGUGGGCGGAGGUUUGCGAUGCUGAGCUCCAUCCUGUUCGCCGCAUUGGGGGUGGCGGGCGCCGGUUACUCCAUCAUCGUCUCCUCUGUCGCCAUCAACCACGGCCCCAAGUGUAUGACCGACUCCGUCAACAAGAACUGGACCACGCCCUUCAACGACGGGGACUACCUCACGAACCAUACCCUGUGGGCGCAGUGCAAAGGUCCUCCAAACGUGGUCCACUGGCACCUGUCCCUGUUCUUGGUGCUGCUGGUGGUGGGGCUGGUGCAGGUGGCUCUGUGUGCGGUGCAGGUGGUCAACGGCCUCCUGGGGGCCCUGUGCGGGGACUGCUGCGGCUGCUGCGGCGAGAGCAACGGUGCUGUUUGA